AUGUUAAGUGAAGAUGAAAUUGUAGAAAUGCAUUUAAAAAAUGGACUUAAAAAUGGUAAUCGAACUUCGAACGCAUUUUUGAUUUAUAGAAAAAAUUAUGCUCUCCAAAAUCCUAAACUUUCAAGGAAUGAUGUAUCAAAACUAGCGAGUGAAUCGUGGAAAAGUGUAUCAAACGAAAUCAAAGACCAUUAUAAACGUAUGGCAGAAAAUGUAAAAAAAGAGUUUAAAAAAAGAGUUAAUUCUCUUUGUUUUAUUCACUGCAAUCUAGCUGGUACGAAUGAUAAUGAAACCAACCCUCCUAUGCUAACCUCAUCAAGCACUACCUGCCAUAAUCCUUUUCUCGGCCAGACCUCUUCAGGCACUUUCACCUACAUUAAUCCUUCUCCUUCCAAUUUUCCUAUUAAUAUUUAUUCUAGUCAUCAAAUUGUAAAUACGAAUCCAGAUAUUAUAUAUUUAAAUCCUCCUAUAGAUCAAAACUUUCUAGACACUACAGACGCCAAUUUUCCACCUUCAAACCCUAUUUAUUCAAGUUAUCAAUUUGUAAAUAUGAAUCCACCUAUAGAUCAAAACUUUCUAGGAAAUAUUUCAGACACUACCUACUAUAAUCCUCAAUUUAUAAAUAUGGAUCAAAACUUUCUAGACACUACAGACGUCAAUUUUCCACCUUCAAACCCUAUUUAUUCUAGUCAUCAAUUUGUAAAUAUGAAUCAAAAUUCUCCAGAUAUUACCUGCUUAUUUCCUCCUAUAGACCAAAACUUUCUGGGAAUUACUUGCCCUGAUUCUCUGAAUAUAAACAAAAAUACUUCGGACACUACCUUCUAUAAUCCUACAUUUAUAAAUAUGAACGAAAACCCUCUCUGUGACAACUACUUUAAUUCCAGACUUUCGAAUAUGAACCAAAACCCUCUUGAUACCAAUUAUUCAGAUCAUCUAAUACUGGAUAUAGAUCAAAAUGAUCAUUUAUGA